AUGCUUGGAACAACUAUGGACAAUUCACCGAAGAUAGCUGUCGCAAUAACAGAAUUUUAUCAUAGUUCACACCAACUUUCUAUGUCGAGAGCAUCUCAGUCCUUAGGUCAUUAUACGCGUAUAUUAUUGAAUGUAUCGUCUCUAACUUUGAAUGAAAUUGUAAACCGUGAAAUGGGAUAUUACUUAGUUGUUCUUUUGUCUGAUGUUUGCAAACAUUUUGAACAGUUUACAAAAUUAUUUAUUAAUGAUCAAAACAUCAAACUGGUCGUUUCAUCUGCAUAUUUGUAUGAGAUUAUUUAUCAUCAUACACCAACGUAUGAAGAAAAAUUUACCAUUAAUCAAUCAUAUGGUAAACGAAAGACGGAAAAAGGUCCUCUUUAG